AUGGCAUCCUUCUCCUUCUUCCAUAUAAGUGCCAUGUGUCAGGUUCAGAUCACUGCACUGGCCUCACCAAUGCUGCUGAAGCUGCUGAAGCUGCUGUGUGGGGAAGCUGGUGUCACCUUUGUAUACAGGGAAUCACAAGGGCCUUUCCAAGCUCCUCCAGAAAUGAACCUCCUGCUUGCCCUCCAGUCAAGGAUGAUGACUGAUGAUGAUGAUGAUGAUGAUGAUGGAGCUCCCAGGAGCUCACCUCUGCAGCCAUAUUAUCGACUGUUUGUGGAAGCUGUCCGCCCCCGGGAAUCUCACCUGUUCUGCCCGCUUCAUGCGGCCUGUACCCGGCCCGGAGGUGCCUCUGCCAGGACGCUGCAUCUGUGCCCCUCCCUCAGCGCUGGACACAACAAGUGGUCUAAAGUCAAACACAUCAAGGGUCCCAAAGAUGAAGCUCGGGGAAAGAUGUUUAUGAAAUUUACCAUGAUGAUAAGAAUAGCGGUAAAAGAGGGUGGAUCUAACCCUGAAUUAAAUUUAAACUUGGCUCAUUUACUGGAGCAGUGCAGAAAUAAAAACAUGCCCAAGGCUUCUGUAGAGGCUGCAAUUAAGAGUGCUGAAAAGGCUAAGCCAGCGUCUCAGCAGAUGUUAGAGGUUCGUGGCCCUGGUGGAUGUUUGCUGCUUAUUGAAGUUCUAACCGACAGCAAUUCACGAACGCAACAGGAUAUUAAAAAGAUCAUCAGUAAGAAUGGAGGUAUGUGGUCAGAUGGGCGGCAUAAUUUUGAGAAAAGAGGAGUGGUGGUUGGACUGGCUAAAGACAUCACAUCUGAGCGGGCACUGGAGCUGGCUAUAGAGGCAGGAGCAGAGGAUGUACAUGAGACUGAGGAUGAAGAGGAGCAGUCCAUCUUGAAGUUUAUUUGUAACACCACGGAACUGAAGAAGGUGCGGACAUCGUUGGAGCAGCAGGGACUACACAUAAUUUCAGUGGGAUUUGAGUUUGUUCCUCGUAGAGUCUUGCCUUUAGAUGACGAUCAGAUAAACAGUGCAUCAAAUCUGAUAGAAGCACUUAAUGACUGCCCUGAAGUCAUCCGUGUUUGGGACAACAUCCAGGCCCAUAGCUGAGAAUGCUUGAAAGACACUUGAUGGACAUUUUAUAUUUCACAUGUGAAAAACAUUUGCACAUAGACUAUUAUGAAUAAAAAAUAUAUUUAAAAAAUAUGUGUUACAAAUUUAAAA